UAUUCCAUAUCUUUAAAUCAUGUGAACAUUUAUCAUAAUGGAAAAAUCUGUGAAAAAAAAGUGAAAAUGAUGUGAAUGAGGAUGCUUGUGGACUUUUUGUUUUUACAAAUUUUUAUCAACAAAAAGUUUUAAAAUUAAGUCUGUUUCUUGCAAGUGAUUACUCCAGCUGUGGAGAACACAUACUCACAUGGCACUGAUGAAGCCAGCAUACAUUGGAACACUUUGACCAGCUGGAAGAGGUUGGGAUAGGCAGUCUACUGGCUCUUCCAAUAUACCACAAGAUCUUUGUCCACUAUUCCCCUCUUCCAGACAUUGCUGCACUUCAGGUAUUGCAUUAAAAAAAAACAGCUCUGGGAAACAAUUGUGACAUUUCACCUGCAAAAAUAAUGUGAAUGGUAAACUAAGAGUUACCUUGAAAUGAAUUUGAGAUUUUGGGACUGAAAUAAAUCUCUGCUAGGAUAAAGGGCAAAGUUUAUAAAACAGUUUAUGUAUGUAUGUAUUACAGACUGUGGCUCUGAAGAAACGACAGGAAGCAAAGCUUGAGGUGGCAGAAAUGAAGAUGUUGAGGUUCUCUCUAGGAGUGAACAGGUUGGAUAGGAUUCGAAAUGAGCUCAUAAGAGAUACUCCUCGCAAGAUUUCUGACAGAGUGCAAAGAAGAAUCGGAAGAAUUGUCUUAAAGCCCAGGACCAUUAGAAGAGCUUCAAAAAGACCUGGAAUUUGCAGAUACGUGAUGGUUCCGGUGGGCAACAUGGGCGUGUUUGACCCCACUGAGAUUCACAACAGAGGACAGCUCAAGUCGCACAUGAAGGAGGCCAUGAUUAAACUUGGCUACCACCUGCUUUGCUUCUUCAUUUAUUUGUACAGUAUGAUUCUGGCUCUGAUCAAUGACUGAGGGAGGCAACAUGAUAUCACUGGGACUCCUGCCCACUAUCCAUCUUCAAGGUCCUGGAUUUCCCAUUUCCCACCUCCCAUCCUGUGCUGAAUGUGGAAAAUCAUUUCAUUUUCAAAGUUUAAUCAUAUGAGCCAAUACAACAUAUUUGCAUUAGAUUGAACAGUAUAAGAACCACACUAAAAAUGAAAACAGCAAAAUGAUCACCCCCCCCCAAAAAAAAAAAAAAAGUAAAGCUGUGAAGUCCUUAAUUUGUGAAGAAAAUCAUUUAAGAUCACAUUCAUCAUCUUAAUGCAAGUAUUCAUGUUGCUCUUUACCUUUGGGCUUAUCCCGUUAGGGGCCACCACAGCGUGUCAUCUUUUUCCAUGUCAGCCUAUCUCCCGCAUCCUCCUUUCUAUCAACUGCCCUCAUGUCUUCCCUCAGAACAUCUAUCAACCUUUUCUUUGGUCUUCCUCUCGCUCUUUUCCCUGGCAGCUCCAAUCUCAUCACCCUACUACCAAUAUACUCAAUCUCUCCUCUGGAUGGGACUAAACCAUUAAAGUUUGCACUCUCUCUAACUUUGUCUCCAAAACAGCUAACCUCGGCUGUGAGCUAAUUUCUAGUCCUAUCCAACCUGGUCACUCCUAGACAGAAACUCAACAUCUUCAUUUUUGCAACCUCCACCUUUUCCCUUAGUUGCAUCUUUACGUAUUCCUUUCUCCUCUGUUCUCUGUGUCCCUAAGUACUCUCCUGCCUAUCUCUCUGAUCACCUUGGCUGUAGUCGUCCAGUCUUCCGGGAGCUCCUCCUGUCCAUCGAGAGUCUGUCUCACCUUUUUCCGAAAGGCCGCUCAAAAUUCUUACUUUCUCAGCUUCCACCACAUGGUUCUCUGCUCUACCUUUGUCUUGUUAAUCUUCCUACCCACCACCAGAAUCAUCCUACACACCACCAUCCUAUGCUGUCGAGCUACACUCUCCCCUACCACUACUUUACAGUCAGUAACCUCCUUCAGAUUACAUCGUCUGCACAAAAUAUAAUCUACCUGCGUGGUUCUACCUCCGCUCUUGUAGGUCACUAUAUGUUCCUCCCUCUUCUGGAAAUAAGUGUUCACUACAGCCAUCUCCAUCCUUUUUGCAAAGUCCACCAUCAGUCAUUUUACACAUUACCAUCGUACCUUCCAGUCAGUAACCCACUUCAGAAUAAAUCGUCUGCACAAGAUGUAAUCCACCGGUCUGAUAUUAUCUCAAUUCUUGUAGGUUACAAUAUGUUCCUGCGCUUCUGGAAGAAAGUGUUCACUACAGCCAUUUUCAUCGUUUUUGCAGUGUUUCGCCACCUAGAGGUUUCUUUUCUGGAUACCAGUUACCCAUCGCUUCUUCAGCACCCCAACAUGUGCAUUACAAUCUCCACUUAUCACAACUGCCUCUCCCUGUCUGUGAUGCCCACAACUAGUUUGUCUGGCUCCUUCCAAUAUUUCUCUUUCACCUCUAGGUCACAUCCUACCUGGGGCACCUAGCCAUUGAUUACGUUAUACGAAACACCCUCAAUUUCAGGUUACAUCCAAACUCUUUUCACCUCCAAGACAUUCUUUGCUAACUCUUCCUUUAAAAUAACCCAUACUUCAUUUCUCUUCCCAUCUACUCCAUGGUAAAAUGAUUUAAACCCUGCUCCUAAACUUCUAGCCUUACCACCUUUCCACCUGCUCGUCCCAACAUUCAGUUGUGGCUUUGUGUUUACCUCUUCUCUUUCUGCCAAAGAACCCGCUUUUCUCCUCUUUCGUCUUUGAACCACAGUAGCUGAAUCUCCACCAGCGCCAUGUAGGUUAACAGCAAUGGUUUACAUUGUUAAUCCAUGGCAUGACCAAAUGCAGCAUCUAGUAUGGAAUUCUUUGGAUGAAUGCCCCUAUUUGUUUAGCGAGGUUUUAAAUCAAAUGUGCUUCCUGACGCAACCCUUUGCAUUUAUCCGGCCUUGGGACCAGGUUACAAUUUGCACUGGCUUGUGCGCCCAUAGGGCUUCUGAAUGCAGUUGUAGAUGCUUAUGAUAUAAUGACUGGAGGUAAUCCUUUGCACUGAAGCCAUCAUAACAAACCUAUAAGCGCUACAGAAACAGGUGGGCAGCAUAUAGAAAGAUAAGGGCACAUGCGUGGCUCAGUCGACUUUUCACUCCACAGCACACCAUCAUUGAACUUACUGGCUUUUAGUAAGGAAGGGUGAAAAUUAGUCUUUUUUUGGUUGAAGUGAAGUCAUUCUGCUAAAUAAAGAAUAGGUUGUUCAGUCUGAAAACUGACAUCAGACAUUCCUCCAUUUUUAUGGCAUCUUAUUGGAUGUCUGGAUUUGAUUAGGGUUGCUGCAUGAGUGCAGUUGCCUAAAUAAACACUGCAGUGUUUUAAUAUGACUCCAAUGCGAGGCAUUUUUGCAGAUAAUGUCGACCCAGUUGUGUCCUCAGUGUGUUAACUGAGAUGUCUGCCGGUCAGCUUGAUGCAUGCCAGCUAAAGUGUCUGUCGCUGUUAUUUUCUCAAGGAUUUAGGUUUCACAAAUAAAAAGGAAAAUACAUGAAAUGUGUCUUCAUUUGCAAUCCCUUUCAAAUUGGUAUACAUCUAUCAUCUAUUCAAAUAAAAUUUUGCAGACAUGUAGUACAGGAGAUGUCUCUUCUAAUUUGAUCCUAAUGCCAUUUUGUCUGUGUGACUUUCCUUGAUGAAUAAAUGAUAUGUGCUCAGCUGCAUCACUGUUCUGAGGACCUGGGUUCAACUCCCGGCCUCGCCUGUGUGGAGUUUGCAUGCUUUCUGCAUGCCUGUGUGAUUUCUUGGGGUACUCCGGUUUCCUCCCACAUACCCAAAAGAUGUGUUAAGUGAAGACUAAAUUGACAAUAGUUGUGUGACUGAUUUGAUGUGCCCUGAUCGGCUGGGAACCAUUUCAGUGUGUACCUCACUUCUUACUCAGAUUUAAAGUGCCUUGUGAAAGUAUUCGGGCCCUUGAACUUUUCAACCUUUCACUAAAUUUCAGGCUGCAAACUUUAAGAUAUCAAAUUUUUAUUUUUUGUCAAGAAUCAACAACAAGUGAGACAGAAUUGUGAAGUGGAAUGAAAUUUAUUGGAUAUUUUAUACUUUUUUAACAAAUAAAAAACUGAAAAGUGUGGCGUGUAAUAUUAUUUGGCCCUUUUACUUUCAGUGCAGCAAACUCCAGAAGUUCAGUGUGGAUCACUGAAUGAUCCAGUGUCGACUGAGGAUGACAAAUAGGCCGGCUUCUCUUCAGCAGAAAUAGGGAAGAAGGUUAAAAUUGAUGGGAAGAUUGAUGGAGCCAAAUACAGGACCAUUCUGGAAGAAAACCUGUUGAGUCUGCAAAAGACCUGAGACUGGGAGAUUUAUCUUCCAACAGGAAAGUGAUCCAAAACAUAAUGCCAAAUCUACAAUGGAAGGGUUCACAAAUAAACGUACCCAGGUGUUAGAAUGGCCAAGUCAAAGUCCAUACCUGAAUCAAAUCGAGAAUCUGUGGGCAGAGCUGAAGACUGCUGUUCACAAACGCUCACCAUCCAACCUCACUGAGCUUGAGCU